AACUCCAUUUCGUUCUGGAGAUCUGAGUAAAUAGUUUGCCGCGCCGUUCCGCACGUCCCAGAUUUGUAUUAAUUUUUGAUGAAUUAUUGAUUUAAUACAAGGACGAAGCACAUCUAUCAACUAAACGUGGACAAGUCGGCCUGCUUAAUUUACAAAGUUCAAGCUUAUUCUACACAUCAUGAAUUCUGAUCGCCCCACCCCCGGAAUUGGUCGAGGUCGUGCCCGUGCUCGGGUUCACCGUUCCAUUUCGCCCCGUCCUCGCGCAGAAGAUAUCCCCCGAGCGCAUGAUGACCAGCCUUCACUUGCUCACCUGCAGCGACCCGUGGUCGCACCGGGAGCACCCUCAUUUCCCGAGACGACCGCCCGUGUCGCGCAGCUCAGCAUUUCGGAUGAAACCGCGGCCGCGUCGGUGUCCAGUAGCGCUGCUUCGGAUACGGAGAAACGGGGAUCGAUGCGAGGUUUCCGCCAAUCGGAUUCCCUUUUUCAAGAUUAUCGAAUCAGGACGAGGCCGAUCACGCUGGAAUCGAAACAGGGAACGAAAGGUGAACAUCUUCGAAUGAUUACGAACUAUUUCCGCCUGAAACGCGCCCCUCUCUGGACCCUGCACGAGUAUCAUGUCGAAUUCCAACCACAAUGUGACUCCAAGGCGAUGAUGAAGGCAAUGCUGCGAAAAAAUAAGGACAAAUUGGGCGCCUACAUUUUCGACGGGAUGAAAAUGUACAAUUCACGACCACUCGAACCAUCCCCGUUCAUCUUCCAACAAGAAAUGACUGAAGGGACCUUUACGGUUAAGAUCAAGUAUCAUGGACCCGUUGAACCUGGCGACCCGACUUACAUGCAUUUUUACAACUUGAUUUUGAGAACUUGCUUGUUUGGCAUGGGGUUGGAAGAAAUGGGACGAAACUUCUACGACCACACGGCCGCGAUUUGCUUAAACGCACACAGAUUGACUUUAUGGCCGGGAUUCAUCACAUCCCUCCGCCAACACGAGAACGACGUCCUCCUCUGCGUCGAAACGACCCACAAGGUCCUCCGCCUCGACAACGUGCUCGCCACGAUCCGCACCAUCCAACAAGGCGCCCGCGGUGGGAAUGCCGAAGAAGCCAUAAAAGCCCAGCUCUUGGACACCAUCGUGAUGACCGCGUACAACCGAAAAACCUACCGAAUUGCGGACAUCGACUUCAAAACGACGCCAUCCUGCACCUUCGAAACGAAAGCGCGGGAUGGAACCAUGUCGCAAAUCAGCUACGUCGAGUACUACCAGAACCGCUACAAUCAGACCAUCACGGACCUGAAGCAGCCAAUGUUGGUGGCCAAACCGGGGAAGAAAGACUUGCACCGCGGCGAAGACCAGUUGAUCAAUCUCAUCCCGGAACUUUGCCAACUGACCGGACUGACGGACCAGAUGCGCGAAAACUUCACGUUGAUGAAGGAACUCAGCAAAUAUUUGCAUGUCGGACCGCAAGAGCGUGUCAAGGAGAUCACCCACUUCAUGGACCGUCUCUCCUCCAAGAUUUCCGACAGUCAGGUCCCCUUGGGAGAGUCGUUGAAAAAUUGGGGGCUCGAGUUUGAGAGGAAGUUGUCCCCCGUGAAGGGUCGCACCUUGGGCUCGGAGAAGAUCGUGUUUGCCUCGGGGGAAGAGUUGGCGGAUAACAAGGGCGAUUGGACAAAAGCGUUCAGAAAUCAGAAGAUGCUGACGACAGUGAAUUUGGAGAGGUGGGUCGUCAUCGUGCCUCAAAGGGAUGCCCCUGGCGUGGACAAUUUGACCAGGACGAUGUCCAAGGUGUCGGCUCCGUUAAAUAUGAGGAUUGGGAAUCCGUUGGAAGUCUACAAACUGGCCGACAUUAAGGGGACGAGCUACGUGAAGGCGAUCAACGACUUGGUCGCGAAGCACCAAGAUCUUCAAAUGCUCUUCGUCAUCCUGCCGAACAACAAACCGGAACCUUACGGAGCGGUCAAGAAGCGCUUGGCGGUCGAUCAGGGGAUUCCAUCUCAAUGCUUCGUGUCAAGGAACGUGACGUCGAAAGGACUCAUGUCCAUCGCGACGAAGGUGGUCGUCCAGAUGAACGCUAAGCUGGGUGGGGAACCCUGGUCGAUCAAAAUCCCCCUCAAGAAACUCAUGGUGGUUGGAUUCGAUGUGUACCACGGAGCCAAAGGGAGCAAGGGCGGCAGUGUGGGAGCCAUGGUGGCCACGAUAACCCCCACUUUGGCCAAGUACUUCAGCACCACGUCCGUUUUCAACGGUCCCGACGAGUUCUCAAAAGUUCUGCUGUCUGAUUUUACAAAAUGUCUGCAUACAUUUGCUGAAGAAAGAGACCAAGGGCUCCCCGAGAGGAUCGUCUUCUAUCGCGAUGGCGUCGGAGAUGGUCAGCUUGGACAAGUUUUGACGCAGGAGUUGGUGCAGCUUCAGGAGGCUUUGAACCAGGUUUACGUCCAUGCUGGCCUCCCCCUCCCCAAGUUUACCUUGAUCGUGGUCACGAAGAAGAUCAACUCUAGAGUUAUGCUGGACCGUGGCGGAAAGUAUGACAAUCCGGCCCCUGGAACGGUGGUGGAUGAUGUUAUUACACUUCCGGAACGCUACGACUUCUUCCUCAUCUCCUGCGCCGCCCGGCAAGGGACCGUGAGCCCGUGCUGUUACAACGUGAUGUACGACUCGCAAGGCCUCGACCCUGACAAGAUGCAGAUGCUGACGUACAAAAUGUGUCACAUGUAUUUCAACUGGUCCGGAACCGUGGCCGUCCCCGCGCCCUGCCAGUACGCUCAUAAACUCGCCUUCAUCACGGGAAUGUCCUACGGAGGCGCGGCGAACAAGCGGCUCUCAAAAUAUUUACAUUUUCUCUAGAACGAAAAAUUUAUAAUUUAUUUACCAAAUAUAUAUAUUUAUUUUCGAGUAUAUUCUAGUCUAUUUGCCAAAAAGAAGAAGAGAUCUAUUUAUCACAGAGCUUUUAUAUAUUUGUCAGAACUUUAUUGUUAUUUAUCAAUAAUUUAGGAAGAAUUUAGCUGAGAUCUAUUUAUCAUACAGAGAAUUUUAUAUAUUUUAACGAAAUCAGAAUUUUAUACAUAUUUAUCAAGCGAAGAACUUAACUUUAUUUAACUUAUACUUAAAUAAUUUAUGUAGCUUUUACUUUAACGAGAUCAGAUCUGCGUGUGUAUGCAUUUGUCGAGCGAUGUCCAAUCAACUAUUUAUUCGCGACAUGCAUACACAUUUUUAUUAAUCAACUAUUUUAUCGCAGAAACUCUGAUGUAGUUUUAUUUUUAAGAUUUUUCUCCAGUUUUACCUUGUUAGUCGUUAUCAUGAAUCGUCACUUUGUUAUUGUUGAAAUAUUAUUUAUCGGAGAAAUUAAAGAAACUUUUUAUAUUCCACUAAAAAAAA